AUGGUGGCUUUCUUGAAUUCUAGAGCACUUCUGCCCACCCAGGGCACUGCCUGGGCUACAGCCUCUGUCCCAGCCGCCGGGCUCCAGGGUCCCCAGGGAGACUCCCACCGGGCCUGCUCUCAGGAGCCUCACAGCCCUUCCAGUGCCGAGGCACCUUACUGCGACUUGCCCUGCUGCCCACCGGCCUCUCAGGACCCGCUCGACACCACCACCUGUGCUGGCCACUCUGUGGAAGGCCUUGGCCUCAGGCAGGGGUCUCAGAGGGUCUGCUUUCCAACAGCAGCUCUCCCUGCAGAGAGCCUUGCAACUGCCCCAAGGAACAGGCCCCAGGACCCUGAGGUGGUACCCUAUCUGGAGGGCUCGACCUGUAGUAGCUGGGACAACGAGGACCCCAACUCUGACACCAGCUCCAGCCAGGACAGCAGCACCCCUCAUGAUACCAACACUUCUUCCUCUGUGGAUUGGGACACUGUUGAGAGGCCAGGGGUGGUCCCCAACGGGGACAGACUCAACGUGAUGAUCCCGAGGAGGCCUCAGGAGGGGCUGAGAGCUGACAGUGCUCGUAGGGCCACCAGGUCCCCGGCCAGAGGAGACACAGCGGGCCAGAGAAAGGAGGAUUCUGGCAGUGGGGGAGAAAGUGCUGGCCAGCACUGGGCGAAGCUGCGGGCAGAAAGCGGCUACUUCUCCUUGGAGCGACAUCGCUCAGGGCAAACCCAGGCUUCCUCCGGGACACCACCGGGUGGACCUCGGACCGCCACCCAGGCUUCUUCUGCUCAAAGAGAUGUUUUCCAGGAUGCUUCUUCUGCACAAGCACCCUCCCAAGCUUCCUCUCUACCCAGAAACACCCAAAGGGACGCCCCCAGGACCUUAGCCACACAGCGGAACACCCCCAGAACGUCCUCUCCUUCGAGAGGUUCCCAGAGGGACACUCCUAGAACCAUGUCCACCCAGAGAAGCAGCACUCCGCUGUCCUCUCCUCUCAGAGCCCCUCAAGAGGGCCUCAAGACCUCCACACCACAAGAUGGCCCCCACGUUGCAUCGUCUCCUUGUGCCCAAGCCUCCUCUCCCAACAGAACCACCCAGCGGGAAAAUCUCACGACUCCCUGUGCCCAGAGGGACAAUCCUAGGAGCUCCUCUCCCAACAGAACCACCCAGAGGGACAACCCCAGGACUCCCUGUGCCCAGAGGGACAAUCCCAGGACUCCCUGUGCCCAGAGAGACAAUCCCAGAAGCUCCUCUCCCAACAGAACCACCCAGAAGGACAAUCCCAGGACUCCCUGUGCCCAGAGGGACAAUCCCAGGGCCUCCUGUGCCCAGAGGGACAAUCCCAGAAGCUCCUCUCCCAACAGAACCACCCAGAAGGACAACUCCAGGACUCCCUGUGCCCAGAGGGACAAUCCCAGAAGCUCUUCUCCCAACAGAGCCACCCAGAGGGACAACCCCAGGACUCCCUGUGCCCAGAGGGACAAUCCCAGAAGCUCUUCUCCCAACAGAGCCACCCAGAGGGACAACCCCAGGACUCCCUGUGCCCAGAGGGACAAUCCCAGGACCUCCUGUGCCCAGAGGGACAACCCCAGAAGCUCUUCUCCCAACAGAGCCACCCAGAGGGACAACCCCAGGACUUCUUGCACACCUCAGAACACCCCCAGGAACCCUUCUACCCAAGGAGGCAAGACUACAGCCUCCUGUAGCAGAUGGGAACAUCUCCGAAGCGCCUGCACCCAGCGAGACAACCCAGGACCAUCAUCAUCAUCUUCCUUCCCACGAGACAACCCCAGGGUUUCCUCUCAAGGCUGCACCCAAAAGGACAACCCAGGAGCAUCAUCUCCCCGCCGGGCCACUCAGGGGAGUAGUUCCCGGAACCCUUCUCCCCACUGUACCAACAAAGAUAUCCCCUGGGCCUCCUUCCCCCUUCGACCCACCCAGAGUGACGGUCCUCGAACCUCAUCGCCAUCUCGCACCAAACAGAACCAGGUGCCUUGGGCAUCCAUUUCCCUCCGGCCAACCCAAGGGGACAGGCCUCCGGCCUCAGCUCCUACCAAACUAGCCCAUCACGACCCUUCCCAGCACUAUUCGCCGUCCCCGGCCACCUCCUCCUCUCAUAACCCAGGCCAUCCAAGCGCCUCUCGGACUUCAUCGCCUCCACACCCAGCACCCCGAGGGGCCCCCCAGAUCGCUUCCGAGUCCGCCCAGCCACCAUGUGCUGUGUGCAUUGGGCACAGGGAUGCCCCUCGCGCCUCUUCACCCCCUCGCUAUUUUCAGUACGACCCUUUCCCCUUCUUUCCAGACCCCCGCUCGUCUGAGAGCGAGUCGCCCCACCACGAACCCCCCUACAUGCCACCUGCAGUGUGUAUCGGGCACCGUGAUGCCCCCCGGGCUUCUUCACCACCUCGCCAUACCCAGUUUGACCCCUUCCCCUUCCUCCCAGACACAUCGGAUGCCGAGAACGAGUCCCCCCAGCAUGAUCCUCCGCAGUUUCCCCCACCAGUGUGCAUCGGGUACCGUGAUGCCCCCCGGGCCUCUUCCCCACCGCGCCAGUUCCCAGAGCCCUCCUUCUUCCAGGAUCUCCCCAGGGCCAGCACAGAGAGCCUUGUCCCUUCCACAGACUCUAUGCAUGAGCCUCCCCACGUCCCCACGCCUGUAUGUAUCGGACACAGAGAUGCUCCCUCCUUUUCCUCCCCACCACGCCAGGCGCCCGAGCCUUCCCUCUUUUUCCAGGAUCCCCCUGGCGCCAGUAUGGAGAGCCUUGCCCCUUCCAUUGACUCUCUGCACGGCUCCCCGCUGCUGCCCCCCCAAGUGUGCAUCGGCCAUCGGGAUGCACCCAGAGCCUCCUCCCCUCCCCGCCACCCACCCGGUGAUCUAGGUCUCCUGGCCCCCUCCCCUCCCCCAGGGAGCUCAGGCUCUCGAGGCUCAGCACCCCCAGGGGAAACCAGACACAACUUGGAGAGGGAGGAAUACACCAUGCUGGCCGACCUGCCCCCACCCCGGAGGCUGGCCCAGAGGGGGCCAGAGCCCCAGGCACAGGGCAGCAACGAGGGCCGGACCCGCAGCCCUGGCCGGGCGGAGGUGGAACGCCUCUUCGGGCAAGAGCGCAGGUGAGCCAGGGCAGGGGCAGCCAGGUGGGCUGGGGAGGAGAGCAGUUGGAAAGUUCCAGAAGCAGGAGUUCAAGCCCGGCUGCCCACUGGCUGGGCAGUCUUGGGCAAGCCACUGUGUCUCUCUGUCUGUACCUUAGGAUUUUUUUCCCCCUGAGGUUAAAGUAACAGCGUGGGUAGCCAAGUAGUUACAAACCAACAAACAGCUGGUGUCUGGCAGGCUUAGUUUAAAUCUAGGGUCAAAGCUACCCGGUAUCCUGUGAUACCUGCUUAGAGCAAUUGAAUCUGCUUGGGCCUCAGUUUCUUCCUCUGUCAAAUGGGGAAAAACUAAAAGCACAUUGAUUUCAAUGAGGCGGAACUCUUGAAGGGUUUGCUCCAGAGCAGUGGGUUUAGUGUUUCUUCCCCGCAUGAGGGAGGAAACAGAAAGUACCCAUGACUCUUUCCCUGUGCUUUGUAGGAAGGCAGACAUGCUUGUUUUACAUGUGCAGCCAAUGGCUGGGGUGCAGCUCAGUGGUGGGGUGCUUGGCAGCAUGCACAGGCCCUGGGUUUGAGCCACUAAGUAGAUAAAUGUCCUGGGUUUCAUUCCUCUGGGUGCUGGGGAUGGAUCCCAAGACGUGCGCCUGCCAAGGAGAUCCUCUGCCCCCAUCCCAGAGCGGUCCACAAGAGCUCCUAGAGUUGCUGACUUUCGAAAGUUAGGGAUUACUUUCCUGGGACGUGGCCACAGAGUCCCAAAUCCUAGUGGCCUGUGAAUGUCCUAAAGCGUCAGUAGCAGGUCACAUGAGAGGAGAAACAUCCCCCUCCUGCUCUGGCUGGGAUUUCUGUCCUCAGCAGAGCCAGCCCCUGAAUUUUUAGAGAUGUAGUUCCACUAAUCAUAGACAAGAGAAGGGGGGGGGGGUGCCUAGAAGGCUGGAAACUUUUUGUGUAUUAUCUAAUGGGCUUUAGAUCCGACUGAACAGAGCAGCCCUCAUGGUGACAUAAUUCUAGAUCAUUUCCAGCACUCUGCCCCCCUUUUUCCUUUUGG